GCGGAGCCUCGCGGGGUGGAAACACACGCAAGAGCCUGGAGGAAGACGGCUCUGCCAGAGUCAUCCAGAACAUCCAGCCGCCUCCCCAGCCAAUCAGAAACAUGAGUGUGAGCCGGACCAUGGAGGACAGCUGUGAGCUGGACUUGGUGUACGUCACGGAGCGGAUCAUUGCCGUCUCCUUCCCCAGCACGGCCAACGAGGAGAACUUCCGGAGCAACCUUCGCGAAGUGGCACAGAUGCUGAAGUCCAAACAUGGAGGCAACUAUCUGCUGUUCAACCUCUCUGAGCGGAGACCUGACAUCACGAAGCUCCACACCAAGGUACUGGAGUUUGGCUGGCCAGACCUACACACCCCCGCCCUGGAGAAGAUCUGCAGUGUCUGCAAGGCCAUGGACACAUGGCUCAACGCAGACCCCCACAAUGUUGUUGUUCUGCACAACAAGGGAAACAGAGGCAGGAUAGGAGUGGUCAUCGCGGCUUACAUGCACUACAGCAACAUUUCCGCCAGUGCAGACCAGGCCCUGGACCGGUUUGCAAUGAAGAGAUUCUACGAGGAUAAGAUUGUGCCCAUUGGCCAGCCAUCUCAGAGAAGGUACGUGCAUUACUUCAGCGGCCUGCUCUCCGGCUCCAUCAAAAUGAACAACAAGCCCUUGUUUCUGCACCACGUGAUUAUGCACGGCAUCCCCAAUUUUGAGUCUAAAGGAGGGUGUCGGCCAUUUCUCCGCAUCUACCAGGCCAUGCAACCUGUUUACACAUCUGGCAUCUACAACAUCCCAGGAGACAGUCAGACCAGUGUCUGCAUCACCAUCGAGCCAGGACUGCUCUUGAAGGGAGAUAUCUUGCUGAAGUGCUACCACAAGAAGUUCCGGAGCCCAGCCCGAGACGUCAUCUUCCGUGUGCAGUUCCACACCUGUGCAAUCCAUGACCUGGGGGUUGUCUUUGGAAAGGAGGACCUUGAUGAUGCCUUCAAAGAUGAUCGAUUCCCAGAAUAUGGCAAGGUGGAGUUUGUAUUUUCUUAUGGACCAGAGAAAAUUCAAGGCAUGGAGCACCUGGAAAAUGGCCCAAGCGUGUCUGUGGACUACAACACCUCUGACCCCCUCAUCCGCUGGGAUUCCUACGACAACUUCAGUGGGCAUCGAGAUGAUGGCAUGGAGGAGGUGGUAGGACACACGCAGGGGCCAUUGGAUGGGAGCCUGUAUGCCAAGGUGAAGAAGAAGGACUCCCUGCAUGGCAGCACCGGGGCCGUCAAUGCCACACGCCCUGCCUUGUCGGCCACCCCCAACCACGUGGAGCACACACUGUCCGUGAGCAGUGACUCGGGCAACUCCACAGCCUCCACCAAGACAGACAAGACUGAUGAGCCUGUGCCUGGAGCCUCCGGUGCUCCUGUUGCCCUGAGUCCUGACGAGAAGAGGGAGCUGGAGCGUCUUCUGAGUGGCUUUGGCUUAGAGCGAGAGAAGCCAGGUGCCAUGUACCACACCCAGCACCUCAGGUCCCGCCCAGCAGGGGGUCCUGCUGCUCCUUCCUCUGGCCGCCAUGUUGUCCCAGCCCAGGUUCAUGUCAACGGUGGGGCCUUGGCUUCUGAGCGAGAGACGGACAUCUUGGACGAUGAGCUGCCCAACCAGGAUGGGCACAGUGUGGGCAGUAUGGGUACACUGUCUUCUCUGGAUGGGGUCACCAAUACCAGUGAAGGAGGCUACCCAGAAGCCAUGUCCCCACUGACCAACGGCCUGGACAAGCCCUACCCAGCAGAGCCUAUGGUCAAUGGCGGGGGCUACUAUGAGUCUGCCAGCCGGGCAGUGCCUGCUCACACCGGCCACACAGCUCCCGUGCACCCCUCCUACUCCGCACAGGAGGGUUUAGCUGGCUACCAGCGGGAGGGCACCCACGCAGCCUGGCCACAGCCAGUGACCACCGCGCACUAUGGCCAUGACCCCAGCGGCAUGUUCCGCUCUCAGUCCUUUCCAGAAACCGAGCCCCAGCUGCCCCCUGCUCCAGCCCGUGGGGGAAGCAGCAGGGAGGCUGUGCAGAGGGGGCUGAAUUCGUGGCAGCAGCAGCAGCAGCAGCAGCAACAACAACAACAGCCUCGCCCACCUCCUCGCCAGCAGGAAAGAGUCCACUUGGAGAGCCUUGUGCCCAGCAGGCCCAGCCCCCUGCCAGCAGCAGAGACCCCUAUUGCAGGUCUCCCUGAGUUCCCAAGGGCAGCCUCUCAGCAGGAGAUAGAACAGUCCAUUGAAACACUCAACAUGCUGAUGCUGGAUCUGGAACCAGCCUCUGCUGCCCCUCUGCACAAAUCCCAGAGUGUCCCAGGGGCCUGGCCAGGGGCUUCCCCACUUUCCUCCCAGCCCCCCUCCAGCUUCUCCCGCCAAUCCCAUCCACUGACCCAGUCCAGAUCUGGCUAUAUCCCCAGUGGGCAUUCCUUGGGAACCCAUGAGCCAGUCCCACGGGCCGCCCUGGAGUCUGUCCCUCCUGGAAGGUCUUACUCACCUUAUGAUUAUCAACUGUGUCCAGCUGGACCCAACCAGGGUUUCCGUCCAAAGAGCCCAGCCUCCUCCUCCUCCUCUGCCUUCCAUCCAACCACUCAUAGCCCUCCAGGGCCUCAGCAGCCCCCAGCCUCUCUCCCUGGCAUCACUGCUCAACCUCAGCUCCCACCAAAGGAAGCGAGUUCAGAUCCUUCCCGAACUCCGGAGGAGGAGCCAUUGAACCUGGAAGGGCUGGUGGCCCACAGGGUAGCAGGGGUACAGGCUAGGGAGAAGCAGCCUGCAGAGCCCCCAGCCCCUCUCCGGAGGCGGGCAGCCAGCGAUGGACAGUAUGAGAACCAGUCCCCAGAGGCCACAUCUCCUCGUAGUCCUGGGGUUCGCUCUCCUGUCCAGUGUGUCUCCCCUGAACUGGCACUUACCAUCGCUCUCAAUCCUGGAGGGCGGCCCAAAGAGCCCCAUCUGCACAGCUACAAGGAGGCCUUCGAGGAAAUGGAGGGGACCUCCCCGACCAGCCCACCACCCAGUGGGGUGCGCUCCCCUCCAGGUCUGGCCAAGACACCUCUGUCUGCCCUGGGCCUGAAACCCCACAACCCCGCGGAUAUCCUGUUGCACCCCACAGGCGUCCCCAGAAGACUGAUCCAGCCAGAGGAAGAUGAGGGAAAGGUUGUGCCCCAGGUCUCUGAAGAGCCCCGGAGCUAUGUGGAGUCUGUGGCGCGGACAGCAGUGGCUGGACCCCGAGCUCAGGACCCUGGGCCCCACAGCUUCAGCGCCCCAGCUACCCAGGCCUACGGGCAUGAGACACCCCUGAGGAAUGGGACCCUGGGCAGCUCCUUUGUCUCCCCGAGUCCCCUCUCCACCAGCAGUCCCAUCCUCAGUGCUGACAGCACUUCCAUGGGGAGUUUCCCAUCAGGAGAGAGCAGCGACCAGGGCCCCAGGACACCCACCCAGCCUCUGCUGGAUUCUGGUUUCCGCUCCGGCAGCCUGGGGCAGCCCAGCCCUUCAGCCCAGAGAAGCUACCAGAGCUCUUCUCCUCUCCCAACUGUGGGCAGUAACUACAGCAGCCCCGACUACUCCCUCCAGCAGCUCAACUCCUCUCCGGAAAGCCAGGCCCGGCCUCAGUUCAGUGCAGCUGGUGUCCACACCAUGCCUGGGAGCCCUCAGGCACGCCACAGGACAGUGGGCACCAACACUCCCCCUAGUCCUGGCUUUGGCCGGCGGGCCAUCAACCCUGGCAUGGCUGCCCCUGGCAGCCCCAGUUUGAGCCACCGCCAGAUGAUGGGUUCACCAGGCACUGGUUUCCAUGGUAAUAUGGUCUCCAGCCCCCAGAGCAGUGCUGUGACCACUCCAGGGAGCCCCAGCCUGGGCCGGCACCCAGCAGGGACCCACCAGGUGUCAGGUCCCCACAGCACUGUAGCUACCACUCCAGGGAGCCCCAGCUUAGGCCGGCACCCUGGGGCCCACCAAGGCAAUCUGGCCUCUGGUCUCCAUGGCAAUGCCAUAGCCAGCCCUGGAAGUCCCAGCCUAGGCCGUCACCUGGGAGGGUCUGGAUCUGUGGUUCCCGGCAGCCCCAGCUUGGACCGGCAUGUGGCCUAUGGCGGCUACUCCACCCCCGAGGACCGGAGACCCACAUUAUCUCGGCAGAGCAGUGCCUCUGGCUACCAGGCUCCUUCCACGCCCUCCUUCCCUGUCUCCCCUGCCUACUACCCCGGCCUGAGCAGCCCUGCCACCUCCCCCUCACCGGAUUCAGCAGCCUUCCGGCAAGGGAGUCCAACACCGGCCUUGCCAGAGAAGCGGAGGAUGUCUGUGGGAGACCGAGCAGGCAGCCUCCCCAACUACGCCACCGUCAAUGGGAAGGUGUCCUCCUCACCUGUCGCCAGCGGCAUGUCCAGUCCCAGCGGGGGCAGCACUGUCUCUUUCUCUCACACCCUGCCUGACUUCUCCAAGUACUCCAUGCCAGACAAUAGCCCGGAGACACGGGCUAAAGUGAAGUUUGUCCAGGAUACUUCCAAGUAUUGGUACAAGCCUGAGAUCUCCAGGGAGCAGGCCAUUGCACUCUUGAAGGAUCAGGAGCCAGGGGCCUUCAUUAUCCGUGACAGUCACUCCUUCCGAGGGGCCUAUGGGCUGGCUAUGAAGGUGUCUUCUCCUCCUCCAACUAUCAUGCAGCAGAAUAAAAAAGGAGACAUGACCCAUGAGCUGGUUAGGCAUUUCCUCAUAGAGACUGGCCCCAGAGGAGUCAAGCUCAAGGGGUGCCCCAAUGAGCCAAACUUUGGAUCUCUGUCUGCCCUGGUCUACCAGCACUCCAUCAUCCCAUUGGCUCUGCCUUGCAAGCUGGUCAUUCCAAACCGAGAUCCCACAGAUGAUUCAAAAGAUAGCUCAGGUCCUGCCAACUCAACCACCGACCUGCUGAAGCAAGGGGCUGCCUGCAACGUGCUCUUUGUGAACUCUGUGGACAUGGAGUCACUCACUGGGCCACAGGCCAUCUCCAAAGCCACAUCUGAGACAUUGGCUGCUGACCCCACGCCAGCUGCCACCAUCGUUCACUUCAAGGUCUCUGCCCAGGGAAUUACACUGACCGACAACCAGAGAAAGCUCUUCUUCAGACGACACUAUCCCCUCAACACUGUCACCUUCUGUGACCUGGACCCACAGGAAAGAAAGUGGAUGAAAACAGAGGGAGGUGUCCCUGCUAAGCUCUUCGGCUUCGUGGCCCGGAAGCAGGGCAGCACCACAGACAACGCCUGUCACCUCUUCGCUGAGCUUGACCCCAACCAGCCUGCCUCAGCCAUUGUCAACUUUGUCUCCAAGGUCAUGCUGAGUGCUGGCCAGAAGAGAUGAGCCCUCAUCCCUUGUCCAGGGCCAGGGCCAUGGGGAUGGAUCCUGUGGGGAGGGGACACGUGAAUCCUGACCACCCUUGAAUCCAGAAGGAGGACUUUGGGCCAAUUUUGGAGAAGGAGAGAAGAAAGUGCAACGUGGAGAGAGGGAAGUGAAUUGCAGAGGGGAUGGGGGCAGAGAGAACGAGAAAGAAAAAGAUGGAGGAGAAGAACUCGGAUUCCCCUGGGUAGAUGGAAACUGCAAAAACCCAAAGCCUCCCAAACUAACCAGGUCCACCUAAUUACCCAUCACCCCUCCCAGAGGAAGGAGCUCCUCAGAGGAGACCAAAUAAGCCUCCUUGGGAUCCAUAUUUUUUGGGGAAAUGGAAAAGCUCUGUCUCCCUAACCCCAUUGCUUUGCAAGGAGAAGUCAAACGGAGAGAAUCUUUUCUGGCCACCUGAGGAGUAGGUUGCUGGACCACAUGGAGCCAGUGUGUGACAUCGAGUGGCAGCACUUUGUAAUUUCAAAGUGUUUCAGACCCAAGACACCUAAGGCCUUUUGGCUGUGCCUCCUAUGUGUUGUGUGGGUGUGUGUCUGUCCACACUCACUCCCUCCACGUGGGUUUAUAUCUGUCACCUGGAAUGAACAGCUGCACUUCCUGUGUCCCGCGUGCACACACGCACAAGCACACUGAACACAGAAGGUUGAGGUUGGGCUGACAGGGCAACAAGGAGGACAGAAACUCUCUGCUCCAGGAGCACCCAAAGUAGUGGGUAACAAGGCUCUCUUUCCUGGCUUUUGCACCUGUGUUCUGGUGGCCCUGGUGCUACCAGCCCCUUCCCUUCUACAAAGACCCCAGUGGGAGUGUGGGUGGCCAUCCUGCAACAUUCCCGUGUGUGCCUCAGCUGGGAGGCUGGAGCCUGGGUUUGAGGAUGUGGAGAUGUGCGUGUCCACAUCCUGGGGAGGAGCCCCUUCAGGAAGGGUGGCCGUGUGCUCUGGGUGUCGUCACCAAGGUGUGUAGCUCUUGCAGCAAGGAAGGCGAGUUCCUCUACCAGUGCCCUGGCCUUGCUUCAGCUCCCACCUCUCAGCCCUAUUCGUGGUUCUGUGCCUCCAAACCAGCCUUAUCUCAGACUUGUUUAUCUGCAUGAUGCCUUUUUGGAGUGCAGGGAUCGAGUGUUACUGCUCUGCCCUGCCUCAUUCUGUCCUGCAGGGUCCCCACAUCAGGGCUUAUCCCAGGGAACCUGCUUCCAAAAGCCCUGCCCAGCGAGGCCCAGGACAGAAGCCUGUGGUCCUUGUCUUCCCCUCUGUAAGUGUCUUGGGGUCUGACUUUGCAGAUACCCCUAGGGCAAAGCUGCCACCCAUGCAACUCCUGGCCUACCUACAAUGCCAAAGCCUCGCCGUUGUCCCUUCUGUCUUGAUUUCCCUGGCAGAACCACACUGCCCAAUGGAGCAGAGGGCAGGAGGCAUACAGUUAGGCCAAAGAGCCUAGAGUCCACUUGGGCAGUUGGGAAAACCCUGACCACCACCCAAGGACUCUAUGCUGGAAUGGAAAAUUCACCAGGACUCCAUUCUUAAGUCUAUGGGGGUUCCCUAGAAAGAGGCAUUGUACUGAUUUAUAAAUAUAUAUAAUAUAUAUGUGAGACAUACUGACGAAAUCUGUAAGCUAAUAAAAUAUAUUAAAAAAAAAAAGGUUAAAAAAACAGAAUAGGUAAAUUGACAAGAAGUAUUUAUUGUUUUCCCAUAUUGCUUUAUUGCCUCCCUGAGUAUAAACCAAUUCUCAACCCUUUUUAUAUGUGUAACUAAAGCCUAAAAUGUUGGGGCCUUUAUUCUUGGAGCAACCAGGAGUCUCUUGGCCCUGGCCUUGGCCUUUUCUAGACUGUCUGGGGGUGCAGAUGUCUCACCUUUGUGGCCUCCUUAUUUUCUGGCAAUCCAGGGCCCAAAAGUCAGUUCCUAGAGUGUGUGGGAGCUGCCCUGUGUCACGGGCCCAAGUGAGUGUGCAAGCUUGUGGAGUUGUAGGUGUGUGUGGUGGGUGUGGGCGUGUGGGCAUUGUUUGUACUUUUUCUCCUCCAGGGAGCUGGAUCUGUGUGGACGUCUAUUUCAGGGAGUUAGAAAGGAGUGUCUGAAGAAGAUGGGGAUUACUCCAUGGGUACCUUGCUUCCCAAAGUGUGACUGAGGUCCGUCCAAAGUGUUCUUCCUUCUGAGAUAUCUAUCCAGCCAGAGUCCUCAAUCUCCCUGCCUCCCCAUUCGCUCGUGAACCCCAAUUCUCUUCGAAUACCAGAGGAGACGUUUCCCUCUCCCCUUCCUUUGUAAAUACCACCCUCUCCUGCCAGGUAGCCCAGGAGUCCCACCUGGUUGGGAUGUUCUCUCCACACUCAUCAGACACUUUGGGGCUGAGUCUGAGGUCAGACUUUACACUUGCUUUCCCACCACCCACCGCCCACCAGCAGCCACUCCCUAGGCAUGGCUAGCACCUCCCCUCCAGGUGCAAGGGCCCAGUGGGAAGGACCCAGGUCAGUGCUGGAAAGCUGAGCACCCACUCCCAGCUCCCUGGGGAGCGAGACAUUGCCGGGAGCUUGAUCUUUCCAGCAGAAUGAUGGGGAGGGGUGGCCCAGGCUCCACGGUGGCCUCAUCCUUGGGGUUGACGCCACGGUGCUCCCAGGGCUCACGGGAGGCCUGUGCGCACACACACGCGUACACACACAGCACAGCACUGCAGUCUGUUCUUGCCAAAGAUUUCCUUUAAAAGAAAGCACUUUUACUAAUUAUGUUAUAAAUGUUUAUCCUCUCUUUCCUCCCCUUCUCUCAACCUGAUUUACUGUUGUUUUUGUUGAAUCUGUUUGUCAGGCAGGAGAGUGUGGUCUGGUCUUAAACAUGGGCUGAGGCAGAAAGAGGUCUGAAAGGAAGGCAAGCAAGAGCAGGAGAGAAGGCCACUCUAUGGUGUGACGAGACAGCCCCCAGGCAGGCUCGGGCCCAGCCCCAGGCCGCUGUAGCUGUCCAGCUGUCUCUCUGAGGCAGGCCCAGGGCCCAGUGGCAUGUGUGCUAUCUGCAGGCAAGAGAGCAGGAAAGGACAUCUCUGAUUCACUGGACAGAGGCCCAGUGAGGUCCACAUGCCCUUCCUGGGGGAACAGGAGGGAAAAAGUGAGCAUCGGCACAAUGGAGAGGUGACACCAGAGAAAAGGCAGUGAGGAGGAGAGCUGUCAACCAGGGAUUGAUAACCUCUGUGGGGGACCCCUACCCAGCUAUCACAGUGUCCUGGCUACCUUGUCUAGCAAGGCGUGUGAGGGACAAGAGAGGUGUGUCUAAGGUCUUGAUUCAGGAAAGGCCCUUUGACACAUAUUGUCUGAGCCUCUCCCACAGCGACCGAAAGCAUAUGGAUGUCGACUGCCAGGAUUCCUUCUCCCCUAGUUCCUGGUGAGUCCCUGGGUGUGCCAAAGCAUGGCUAGAGGGCCCGUGGCCAUGUGAAAGUAGUGGGGAGCAGCUGCUGGACCAGCACAGUCCCUCAUCAAGGGGCUCCUGGGAGGGCGGACAGGAGGCCGGUGAGUGUGAACAUCAUCUGUGCUCUAACUGCUGUCCGCCACCCCUCCCUUCUGGGUCUUCUUCCCCUUCCUUGGUUUGUCUCAGUUUCAGGGCCUAGGGAGAUUAAGGGGGUCAAAAUUCCACCCAAGGGAGGCAACCCAUGCCUACCUCUACCCUUGGGACCCUUGAGGAGGUUGAGCAGACUCCUGGAGCCCCCUCUUCACUGAUGUCCAGGCCCUGAGAUCUAGAUUCAUUGCCCGUGUAACAUGGUGUGUGUGUGUGUGUGUGUGUGUGUGUGUGUAAGUGUAUGUCCAUGUAUGCUUAUCUUGCUCAUCUCUUUAGGGAACUUGGGGUGGAGGUUGGAUGGGCCAUAGCAUGUCAAGUUCAAUAUCACCCAGUAGGGAGAGGGAUCUAGAGGUGAGGCCUUUAGGGUUAACAACUGGUGGAGCCUCAGUGUGGAUAGUGGUGAGGACUGGGCCACCCGCUGGGGCUCGGGCAAACUUGUUUCUUUCUAGCUCCUCUGCCCUCAGUGUCCGACAUUGGAGGACUUCUGUUUACUUCCCACACCUGGGCUCCUCUGAGCAGCAAGAUUGUCCGAGAAAGAUGCCCUGAGUUUGUUCCCUAAUCAGUGUUAAACAGUUUAAAACGCUCCUGUGUGUCCGUGUUUGGUGUGUCUGGGUGCGUGCACACGUGAGAGAGCGUGUUGGUUUGUGUAAGCUGUGUUUCCCCUUCUCUCUCCUUCCUUCUGACAUGUCAUUCAAAACAUGUAAGGAAUUCCUUCCCACCCCCACCCUUUCCGCCCCUACCCUUGGCCUCCCAGGCCCUCUGCAGGUAGAACAGCAUAACCCGGCAUCCUCCCAUCCCCCGGCUGUGUAUUUAUAUAGAUGGAAAUAUACUUUAUAUUUUGUAUCAUCGUGCCUGUAACCUCUGCCACCUUGUAUAAACCCAACUGUGCUCCUUGUCCGGGAUGUGAAUGUACUGUACACUGACGCUGCCCCACUCCUGUACAGCUACGUUGUUUCACUGCGAUCUAUUGUAUGGCUUUAUAAAGGAUAAAGUUCAAGAAAAA